AUGCAGGUGCUUCUCAAACAUGUCGGCACUCAGGGAGAUGUACAAAUGUCUGAAAUGAAUAUUGUUCUACUGGGUAAGACCGGAUCAGGAAAAAGUGCAUCAGGAAACACAAUCCUGGGAAGAGAUGUUUUUAAAAAGGGUUCCUUCUCAAAGUCUACAACUAAACUGUGUGAGAAACACACACAAACAGUAGAAGACACACACAUCACAGUGAUUGACACUCCAGGACUGUUUCACACGUCCAUGACUGAUGAAGAACUGAUGGCUGAGACUGGGAAGUGUUUGGAGAUGUCUGCUCCUGGUCCUCAUGUGUUUCUUCUGGUGAUCAGACUCGAUGUGCGAUUCACAGAAGAAGAGAGGGAAACAUUGAAAUGGAUUCAGAAGAACUUUGGAGAAGAUGUUAUGAGAUUUAUCUUAAUAUUGUUUAAUGGAGUUGAUCAAUUAGAUAAACCAAUAGAAGAAUUUUUGCUGGAAAACACAGAGCUGAAAGAAGUCCUGAGUGAAUAUGGGGCAAGAUAUCAUGCCAUUACAAAUGUGGAAAAGAAUGAUCGAUCUCAGGUUUCUGAGCUGAUGAAGAAAAUAAAAGAUUUAAUAACAGAAAAUGGAGGACAGUGCUACACUCAAGAGAUGUACCAGGAGACUCAGAGAAAGAUCAGAGAGGAAGAGGAAGCCAGACUGAAAAGAGAGGAAGAGGAAGACAGACUGAAUAGAGAAGAGAAAAACAGAAAGAGAAUCAUACUGAGAAGAGUGGGAGUGGGAAUACUGAUAGGGGGACUUUUCUGUUUUUAUCUUUAUCGAUAUGGAAGAAUUUAUCAAAGCUACAACUGGCUGAUGUUUUUAUUUGGAGCACAUAGCUCUGAACCAAUAAGAUUGUUUGUUAAAUUUGGUGCCACUGAAUAG